AUGGCUGAGAUAGCGUGGAGUUCUAAAGAGCAGAGAGACCCACCUCCCGUUCAGGGAUGCACCAUAGAGAAAUUCAUGAAGAUGAAUCCGCCAACUUUCUCUGGAGCGACUGAUCCUACAAUUGCAGAGAACUGGGUGCAGGAGACUCGUUUCAGGGACAUGUUCUUCGAUAGAUAUUACCCUGCCUCAGUGAGAGAGGCUCGAAUACAGGAGUUUCUGAGCUUGUCCCAGGGAUCACUGAUUGUCCAGCAAUAUGCAGUGAGAUUUAUUGAGCUCUCGCGUUUCUACCCAUAUAUAUUCCCCGAUGAAGUGAAGAAGGCUAGAAUGGCCACUAUAGCGGAGGAGAGUCUAUCUAAAGAGAUGGAGACACAGAGUCAGAGGAAGAGGACUGCAUCCUCAAGUUUUCAAGUGGGUCCCAACCGAGGCCCUUGGAGAGGAGGUAGAUCUGGCAGAGGCCAGAAGCAAAUGGUAGAGCAUAGAGGAAUUCAAGGUGGACAGCUUCCUGCCAUUUGUCCUAGAUGCGAACGGAGCCAUCCUAGUGAGUGCCGAUUGGGGGAAAAUGUUUGUUUUCGAUGUGGAAGGCCCAGUCAUAUGGCUUGA